UAGGGACAAGAGUUCUUAGUCUUGCAAACAAUCUUUUAUCCGGAAAGAUACCGGAUUGCUGGAUCAAGUGGCAAUCUUUGCAAGUCCUACGAUUAGAUGGCAACAGAUUCACUGGUAAAAUUCCAAGCUCCAUGGGAACUUUGUCAGAACUUCAAUCCCUACACCUUCACAACAGGCUUCAUGGAGAAAUUCCUUUGUCACUGAAAAAUUGCAGGGAAUUGGUUGCAAUUAACCUUGGCAAGAAUGAACUAGAUGAUGGCUAGGCCAGGACCUUACAAAUCUAAUAAUAUUGAUUCUUCGGUCAAACAAGUUUGGAGGUAGCAUACCAGACCAUUUAUGUGCUCUUAAUUCUCUCCAUAUUUUUGACCUUGCGGAUAACAAUUUCUUUGGGAGCAUACCAAGAUGUAUAAGCAACUUCACUGCCAUGGUCAGAGGGAGUGGUUCUUGGGGCAACGCCAUACUGUAUGCUGCUAUUGCAGGACCUCUCUCGGAAUCUGCAUCAGUUGUGAUGAAAGGCCAACUACUUGAAUACGACAGCACCCUCAACUUGGUCAAAGUUUUAGAUUUCUCCCGUAACAAAUUUUCAGGAAAGAUUCCCCAUGAAGUGACAAGCCUCCAAGGAUUGCAGUCACUGAAUUUGUCCCAGAAUCACUUGUCCGGAAAGAUCCCUGAAAACAUUGGUGGUAUGAAAUCGCUAGAAUCUCUUGAUCUCUCUCAAAACCAGCUCUCUGGUUCUGUUCCUGAAAGCAUGUCAAGUAUGACAUUUUUGAGCCACUUGAACUUGUCCUCUAACAAUUUCACUGGCAGAAUACCCACAAGUAGUCAACUACAAAGCUUUAAUGAAUCAUGUUAUGCUGGUAACCAUCUUUGUGGAUCUCCAUUAAAGGAUUGCAAAGGAAGUGGUAAUGAACAUGGUGUCAGGAAUGGAGGUAGGGGAAUUGGAGAGGGACAAGAAGUAAACUGGUUCUACGUAAGCAUGCCACUAGGAUUUGUCUCUGGUUUUUGGUGUGUGUUGGGGCCAUUGGUGAUUAGCAGACAAUGGAGGAUCAUGUACUUCCGAUUUUUGGAACAAAUGUGGUGGAAGGUAUGUGACUUUGUGGCUAAAAUUAAGUUUUUUUUUUUAAUUAUUGAUGUUGUCACAUCUAUACUAUUAUUUAAGUUUUGUUGGUAAAAUUACAAAAAUAUAAUUUUUUAAGUAUUUUAGUCUUUUUAUUUUAACAAAAAUCAAUAAAAAUAUACUUAA